GUGAGAAACUAAAAAAAUUAGCUGUAACAAAUUAUAUCAAUUUUUUUAAGUUGAUCCAAAGUAGCAUUUUUUUCAGUGUAAGUCUGUUUUAUUAUAUAUGUAAAGUGCAUGUUCAGUUUUUUACACAGGAAGUCAACAUAUGUCAAAGUGUGCUUGUGGUCACAGCCAUUCAGGGAGUGUGAUCUUAAUGCAAAAAAGGAAGGAAGCAGAGCCCAACUCAGAAAGCAACCCAACUUCUACACUUCUCUUUCUGUCAUUGCUACACUUCCAAACUUCAACUUAUUUCUCAGAAACAAAGUGUCCAAGCUGGAUGUGACGAUGGGAAAAUCUUGGCUGUGGGUUUUGUCCUUACUCUUGCUGAAUUCGCUCGUCUCCUGUGGACAUGCUGAAGAUGCUCUGCUGAUCAUUGAGCCCAAAUGGUCCCCAAUAUAUCUUGAAGAGUUUGUUACCCUCAAAUGUGACAUGCGAGAAGGAAAAGACGCUGACUGGCUUUACAAGUUCGACAAGAACCGUCAACCAUUUUUGUCAUAUAGUUCACAGAAACAGUUCACGUUUCAGACAGUACGUACUGCAGUUUAUCAGUGCACUGGAUUUCACCCGCAGCAACAAACAUACAAAACUACAAAUGAAGUUACUGUGACUGUUUCAGAAUUUUAUCCAAAGGCCACCCUGAGAGCAGCUGCUACAGUUAUAAGACCUGGACGGAACGUAACACUGAGCUGCUCUGUGGACAGUUCUGAUGGGUGGAAAUUUGACUGGUUCAGACAGGCUUCAAUCUAUGUUCAAGCUCAGGGCAUAAAGUAUGAAGAUCCACACGGAGUCAUCAGUGUCUCAUUGGGAGGUCUGUAUCAGUGCAGAGGAAGGAGAGGAACUUACUUUACACACAGCAGCAAUGCAGUCAUCAUAACGAGAGUUGGACCCGUUCUGAGCCGCCGUCAACACAGCUGGCCUCAGAUAUUCAGAGGUGAGACCAUCACUCUGAGAUGUGAUGUUCAGGAUGACGGAGACACAACGUGGACGUAUGAAUGGGGGAUCCCAGGAUCUGGCACACUUACAACAAUCACCACCACCAAUGAAUACGUGAUUAACUCCAUUUCUGAGGCCCACAGUGGAUUGUACUACUGCAAGAGUAGAAAAGGGAAUUAUUCCUCAGAGUGGAGCGACGCCAUCAGAUUGACUGUGUUACCAAAGCCAACAGCAAAAUUGAAUUUGGACCAACCAGCUGUGGGGGGAGGGUUCAGUGUGACCCUGACCUGCUCCGUGAACCCAACAUCUGCUGGUUGGACAUACUACUGGUACAGAGGUGAAAAAACUACUGGUCUUCAGACCACAGAACACACUGCUGCUCCCUUAAACAGAACCGUCAGAGUCUCACAGACAGGACGCUACUGGUGCAGAGGAGGACGAGGAAACCCAGUUUAUUUCACUGAGUACAGUGAAGAAGAAGUCAUUAAACAAACUGGAACAGCUACUGUGUCUCUGCAUCCCAACUGGCCUGAGAUCUACAGAGGAGAGACCGUCACUGUCAGAUGUGACACAGACGGAGCAGACGCUGGGUGGGAGUAUGAGUGGAGGUUAAACAGGAGAAACAUAAAUACAAGAACCAGAGAACAUCGGAUUAGUGCUGCUCGUUCACAAGACAGUGGACAGUAUGAGUGUAAGGGAAAAAUAAAAAGUGCACCCUGGUCUGAAACCGAGUGGAGCGAAGUCGUCACACUGACAGUUUCUGACGCAGACAAACCAAAGGCGGUCCUCACUGUGUCUCCAUCAUGGCUGAGUCCAGGAGCCCCAGUAACUCUCCACUGUGAGGUCAAAGAUCCAGAAGCAGGUUGGAGGUUUUACUGGUUUCAGGCUGUUCCCAAACUCCCAGAGAACGCCUACAGCUAUGAGCUGCUGCGCGGUAGCAGCAGUGGAACCGAGCAGGAUUCUUACAUUGUCCACGGGCUGAAACACACAGUGGGAUUCAUGUGCAGAACAGGAAGAGGAGACCCAGAGUUUCUCACCAAUGACAGCCAACCAAAGUUCGUCUGGUCUGGAGAUUUUCCAUCACCAGUAUCACUGACAGUGGUUCCUAACAGAGUUCAGCAUUUCACCUCUCAGUCACUUUCACUUCACUGUGAGGGAAACUCUGAGUGGACGGUGAAGAAGUUCACUCAAAGCCACCAGGCGUCACUCUGUGAUUCCAGAAAAAGAUCCAGGUGCGAGUUCACAACUACAGGUGAAGCGGUGUACUGGUGUGAGACAGCGGCAGGACAAUUCAGCAACGCAAUCAACAUCACUGCACACCCUGACAUCAUCCUGCUGAGUCCCGCCCAUCCUGUGACUGAGGGAGAUUCUGUCACUCUGGGCUGUGAACUCACGACACAAACAUUACUUUCUAACACUGACUUCUAUCAAAAUGACAGAAUCAUCAGGAACAACACGAAUGGGACGAUGACAUUUGCUGCUGUGUCAAAAUCUGACGAGGGCUUAUACAAGUGUAAAUCCUCAAAAAAAGAGUCAGCUCAAAGCUGGAUGGAAGUAAAGUUAUCCCGGCCUGAACAGUCAUUUCUUGUGCCGUUGGUCAUUGGGGUGGUGACUGGAGCUUUACUGAUGAUUCUGCUGCUCCUGUUGUGUCACUACAGAAAGCUCAAAGGUUUACAAAAAGCAGAAUCCAACUAUUCUUCCAUUCACCUCAAUGGCACUGAUAAGAAGGGAAAACCGCAUGAAGCAAUGGGAAGCUCAGUUUGUUUCCAUGUGGACGCUGAAUCUCCUGCAGAUGAAAAUAUCACCUAUGCUCAGCUUAACCUUCGCAAAAGCAGGACAGCCAAGAAAACCAACUAUGAAAACGUCACCUACGCCCAGAUUAACACAAACACCACAAAGAGUAAAGCCAAGAAAAACAAAGAAGAGAACGGAAAAACAGCUCCUGCAUUUACCGAAGAAACACUUUAUUCUGAGGUUUAACCAAGAAAAGCUUGUGAUCAUUUUCUUUCAGGUCCAUCAAGAAAACCGAAGUGACAAAACCAAAGAUACCUGGAUUACAACAUGUAUGGACAUUGAUAACGUUUUUGAUCCACACUCACUAUUUUGCAUGGAUGGACACCAUUGUCCAGUUUUUCUCCAGAGCUGCUGCCAACACUUUUAUUAAUAAACAAAACAAGACAGAACUGCACAAAGACUUAUCUAGGGGUUGUGCAUGUUCAUCAGCACAUUGUUUUAGUAAUGUUAAGUUUAAUGAAGCACAAUCCAGUAAUACAUCAUCUUACAGUAUGACUUCAUAUGGACUGUAAUUUUAAUUUAUGGACAGGGAAGGCUAUAUUGUCUCCUUGUGUUUUUCAUAUGUGGCAACAUUAUACAAGAAUAAACAUGUGAUCAUCAACCUUC